CCUGUUGGUAUAAGAAACCAUCAUGGCUGACAGAGGGAAACCUCGUUAGACUGCAGCCAUUCUGAUACCGCAACCAAGAGUGCCCGAGUUCAUCUAACAAAUUAUCAUUCAACAUGGCACCUCAAUACCAGGAUGUUUCGUUAGCGCCCGUCGUAGACUCGAAAGAAAGCAUGGAACGAGAGAUUGAAGCCUAUGCCGAGCAUAUUAGGAACCUGUUUGCAGAUGUUCCCGCCCUUAAGCCAAAGUAUAUCCCCAUAACCAGAGAGACCUUUUUUACCGCAUUCCAGGAUGGCAUUCUUCUUGCCCAUAUAAUCAAUGAGAUUAAGGCUAAAUCAGUCAACAUCCAAAAGCUGAACACGCACGUCAACCCGGAGCACCUCGCUCCCCCAGCAAAGGCAGACAAUGUUCCCCAAGAACACACCAAAGACCUUUUUGAAGCGACAAAUAACCUCAACAUUUGUCUUGAUGCCGCACGUAAUGUAGCGGUCGUGGUGAACGUUGCUGCUGAAGACUUCCUUCGAAAGAAGCCUGAUCUGGUCCUUGGGGUUGUUUGGCAGUUAAUUCGUGCCCAUCUGCUUUCAGAUGUGAAUCUCCCGUCUCACCCUGAGCUGAUUCGCCUAUUGGAACCAGGGGAGAGCUUGACUACGUUAAUCGGACUGACAAAUGAUCAGGUCCUGUUGAGAUGGUUCAAUUAUCACCUCGCCCGGUCGGGUGCAUCCAAGCGCAUUCAGAACUUUGGCAAAGAUGUGACAGACUCGGAGGCAUACCUUUUGUUACUCAGGCAAGUUGCCCCUGGGCAUCGAAAGGAUGCGACGGAUGAGUUGGAGGCGGCAUUGAAAAUUCCUGCAACGGAGAAAGAAGCGAGAGCUAAAGCGGUCUUGGAGGCCGCUGAAAGACUGGGUUGCAGAAAGUUCGUUACCGUCGCCGAUAUAUGCAAUGGCCACGCGAGGUUGAAUCUGGCGUUUGUGGCCACCGUUUUUGGAAAGCAUAUUGGAAUCCAUCUCCCUACCGAGGAACAAGCCAGAGAAAUCAUUGACGAGGUCGCUGUACUGAAGGCUCGUAUCGCUCAAUUAGAAGAAACUGUCGCGACCCAGGCCAAUGAACUCACUGCCGAAAGAGCUGCCCACAACGCUAGUGUAGCAGAUUUGGAAAACAAACUCGCUUCCGAAACAACCAGGCUAGAAUCGGCCUUGGAAGAACUUCGGAAGGCGAAAGAGCAAGACACAGAAACGUACACCAGUCAAGUCGCGGAACUUCAGGCCCGAUUUAAUGCUCUCAAAGACGAGCAGGUCCGCUCAGUAGAGUCCCAGCAAGCUUUCCGCAAGCAUGUUGGCACACGACUUGGCAUGGUCCGAUCCAUGCUGCAGGAUCAUAUGGUUGCUGUCAAGCAAGACAGCUCUCUUGCUGCAAAGCUCGGCAAAUUGCUUGGCUCUAACGCAAACAGCCCCGAAAGAAACGAUACACCUCCUCCACCGGCUGCGACAAAGGAGCCGGGUACAAUGGAAGAAGAACUGGAAUACUUGUCGGAUGAUCUCCAAGCUUUUGUCAAGGAAGUUUUGGAUGAGAACAGGGAGCAAAAGAAGAUUAUUUUGGUUCUUGCGACUCGAACUGAGCAGAAUGAAAAGAUCAAUUCCAUGAUGGGCGACAAGAUUCGAGAAUACACGGAACACCAGAUUGCCUUGAACCCUAUCAAGGAAAAGAAGCACAAAGAGCACAAAGAAAAGGAGCACAAAGAGAAAGAGCACAAGGAGCCAAAAGAGCACAAAGAGGGCAAAGGGGUGAAGGCCAAAUAAUAGAUGUUGAUCUGGUAGGCAGUCAUAACAAUAGUCGUAAUGUAUUCACAGAAAUAGUAAUAUCAGUAAAGAGUACUUUAUCGCCA